AUGCCGAAUAAUCGCCGGAAGAAAAGCGGUGGUUCGAGUGCUCGAAGAGAUUCUACUCAGAAAGAGUCAUUCAUUGUUUCGAAUGUAAUGGCUACUAUUUCUAAUCCUUCAUCUGCUGCUGACCACGUGUCCAUGAAUGGAAUUGCAAAGGAGGAUGGCUCACCUCUUCUCAAUGGAUGUUCUGUCCACAGUUCAAACAUUCAAAAUGGAAACGUGGCUACCAGUUCACAAACUGAGAGCAGUGACAUCGAGUCACUUUCGUCAGAAUCAUCUAGGCGGAAUACUAUGUCGUCUUCUGGAGGAGACCGUAACGUUGCAAAUGCGCACUCUAAGACUAAAGAGGUAGAAUUGAUGAGAGACACCUCGCAGUCGUACUCAGUCACUUCUCAAGUUGAUUAUGGCAGUGAUGAAGGAGCGGUACGUACACCAGAAGACACUUAUCCCUGUUGUUCCUCUUCUGAAGCAGUUGGCGGUGGAACAUCUGAAGGUUAUACUUCAGUCAGUGGUGCAGCUUCGCAAACAGAAUCUUCUAGUGGGACUGGAGAUGGGCUGCUAAACGUUCUAUCGAUGUCGUCAUGGGAUCGUGUGGACACGAUCUGUGAAUUAGUAUCGUUCUUAAACGUAUACGAACUUCGCCUGUUGGGCGCAUGUGUGGAAGGCGCUGCACGUCCUGCAUCGUCAACGCCUACCAUGAGACAACACGAAACUCGCUCCAACUGUCCACAGUUCAUCAGCACUAUGGCUACAGAGAUGAGUCAGAUCCCAUACUCCCUCAAGGUGGAGGCUGCUUACAAUGUAGUUUGUCUACUAAGCUCGGCAAAUCGUCAAGGUGCGCAUGCGCUUAUUCGGCUGAUUGAUCAUCUAAUGACAAUAAGAGAUCUGGAACUAGAAGUUCUGUCAACUGAUGAGGCACGCAGAGAAGUGCUUAUAAAUCUCGGGAAAUUAGUUUCCGCUUCUAUUCAUCAUCCUGCAUUUUCUGUGGACCAACGUAUUCGCAUGGUACAUGCCCGUGAUGAAAUCAGAAGUAAACUGGAGCAACUUACAGCGCGAAUGAAUCCUCCUGUUAUUCACUCCUCUGCUUCUAAUGAAAGCAAGUCUAUUCCGGCAAGCUGUAGAUCUUCGCCGUUGGCAGGAGGGUUUGCAUUCGUGCGACGCUUUCACGCUACCCAGCCUGAUGCCGAUGACCCGGACAAUUUUCUAGUUGAAAUGAUAUGGAGUGAUGGCGAACGAACGUUCGUUGGACGCACUCGAAAUGAUAUUAAUACACUGCACCACCGCCUGUUAGAUAUGUUUGGUGAAGAACGUCGAGAACUCAAACAAAGUCAGGAUCCGGAAACUGAGCAACCAGAGUCAGCUUGUUCUUCACGAACUCCUUCCCCUACUGCUACUGAUUCAAAUGCCACUCCUACUCCAGCUCUUGGGUCUUCUGCGUUGCGGAUAUUGCCAUAUUUUUCUAUGGAGUGCUCGCCUACAGCGGUGAUCCAGUACAUUAAUGCACUUUCGGACUUGCCUGCUCGAAUGAUGUUAAGUUCGGUCAUCUAUGAACAGUUCUUUGCUUCGCGACUUAACUCUGAGGAAGUUGAGGUGGCGGAACGUCCUAUGACUACAAACUCACCUCCUCCGCAACGGUUUAGGCACCCAGCUUCUGCUCCAGCAACCUUUCCUGUUGCUUCUGCAGCAUUGGCGUAUAGUUCACGUGGAGUCGGUAUUCAGGAACCCAACCCGGAUCAGAGGGACGAAAUAUCGGUUCAGGAAAAAUUUCCUCAAACUCAGGUCCAGUUUCCUUCAUGCAGCAACUGUGCGGGUGCGCACGCUUUCGUUCAGUGUCCCAAGGAUACUUCACUUCAAAAAGAUGGCACGUUUCGAUUGGAUUUUGGGGGCGGAGUCCAUGAUAGCACGUGCCCCAAUUGUUCAGCUGUGGCUAUGGCUGCAGCCGCCAUUGGUCCGCGACCUACCGGCGUGGAGCACUUUCCAAACUUACCUCCUGGCUUAAUGCCACCACCUGCAAUGAUGCCACUAGUGCCUGGAAUGCCUAUGCUGACGCGGCAUUUCUCACCAUAUGUCUUUCGCCAAACACCCCCUCCAACAUCACAGCCGCAUCCGCAUUUAUGA